AUGGACCUUCAGCUUACUCUGGGACAGUUUAUUGCCGAAUGUGCUGCGGCAGUGAUGAGAAUCAGCACCUCCAAGUCUCAGGCCAUGGAGCUCUACCAAAUAAGUGACUUGCCAUCUCCAGGUUGGAGGGAAGUCCUUACCCCCAGCUGGAGGAUUUUGAGUGUCUUGGGUUUUUGUUCACGCGUGAGGUCACGUGUUCCUCCUUUCAGCAUCGCCGCACAGCUACUUUGGACUGAAAUGGCAAACAGCAGCAUCCCUGAUCUGAAAGAUCAUACACUUUACCUAUCAAAUGUGAACGGGCCAGUUACUGAUCAGCUAACUACCCCUGUUCUUAUGAUUACUGACUACAGUUAUGAUGAUUACUACAACUCUGUUGAUCCUGAUUCAUCACCCUGUGUUUAUCCAGCACAUGGAGCUAGCAUCCUCCCAGUGUUAUACUCCCUGUUUUUUGUAGUGGGCUUUCUGGGUAACACAUUAGUUAUCAGUUUUGUUUUCAAGAGUCUGAGAAGUAUGACUGAUAUCUGUCUCCUGAACCUGGGUAUAGCUGACCUGCUCUUGGUCUCCUCUCUUCCCUUCCUGGCGCACUAUGCCAGGGACCAGUGGAUCUUUGGAGGUCCUAUGUGCACUAUUGUGCUAAGUGUCUACCACAUUGGAUUCUACAGUGGGAUUUUUUUCAUUGUACUGAUGAGCGUUGAUCAAUACUUGGCUGUAGUUCAUGCUGUGUUUGCAUUGAAAAUCAGAACAAGGACAUAUGGGUUCUUAGCUAGUUUAGUCAUAUGGGUCGCUGCUGUCGCUGCAUCAUUUCCUGAGUUGAUACACAUCGACACCACAGAUAUAAAUAAUCAAACUCUUUGUACAUCUUACCCAACAUCUGAUCAAUCAUCUUAUCAUAAUUCAAAGACAAAUGGAAUCUUUAAAAUGAACAUCAUAGGUUUAAUUAUCCCACUUUCUGUGAUAGGAUUUUGUUACUCGAUGAUUCUCAUCAAACUGCUGACCGUUCGCUCAUCCAGGAGGCAGGCCAUUCAUCUUGUCGUAGUGGUGAUGGUGGUCUUCUUCUGCUGUUGGGUUCCGUACAACAUUGCAGCUUUUUUUAAAGCCUUAGAGCUGAAAAGAGUCAUACCUCAUUCCUGUGAAAGUAGUAAGGCAAUCACUUUAAGUCUGCAGAUCACAGAAGCUUUGGCGUACUCACACAGCUGUGUGAAUCCAUUUCUCUAUGUGUUUGUGGGAGAGAAAUUUAGGAAGCAUCUUUUCAGACUGCUGAACAGGACACCAUUCAGCAGACUGCAGUUUAUGAAGAGUUAUAUUAUACAGGCCACAGCAUCUGUUUAUUCACAGACUACUAGCUUGGAUUCAAGAUCCUCUGCCUCAGUCUGAACUGAAGAAUAAUCAGAAAAACAAAUCACUUAACCACACACUACCCUUAUAUAUCUCUAAAUUACUUUAUUUUUCAUUUAAUCGUGUCAUUUUUAUACAUUUAUGCAUGAUAUUUUACAAACAUUUAUAGACAUUGCUUAUUUAUAUAGCCCAAUAAAUACACUAUAUAUAACUAUUUUGAUGAAAAAGUGUUCCUACGAUUGGUUCUGCAUGUAUGAAGUAUAAUACCCUUUCAUAAUAGGUUUUAAUAUGUGCAGUGUAGCUUAUAUUAAUGUAACUAUUAUUCUGAUUUUUUUCAGUUUUCAUGUGUUAGCUUUGGCUUUUUCUUCAUGUUCUUGCUCUAGGUAUGUAGUAUUAGUGACUGUAUGUAAAUGCUUACAUACAAACACAACUUUAUGCAAUUUUGUAACCUAAUCUAAAGUGAGGACUAUUUGUGCUUUGUA